ACAUUUAUGCUUUUUAAUUUUAGAAACAAAAACCAAGAAAUGCCUCAUUCCACAAACAAAGAACUGAUACUUGGCAUCAUGGUGGGAACUACUGGAAUCAGUUUGCUUCUUUUGUGGUACCACAAGGUUUGUAAACCAAGGACAGCAAUGAAUUUACCUAAAUUUCUUUCUCUGGGCAAUGCAUUUGAUUUGGUGACUUCACAAGAUGAGAUGCAGAAUGACCAAGGAACAGCAGCGAUCUAUCAAGGAAGGCAGCUUCAGAUACUGGAGAAGUUAAACGAAUUACUGACAAAUAUGGAAGAACUCAGAGAGGAAAUCAGAAUUCUUAAAGAAACCAUUCCAAAGCUGGAGGAAUGUGUAUGUGGUGAACUUGGAGGAAAGACAACUGCUCAUAGGAUUAGUCCUCAGCACAGAUCUAGGAAAAGAAGGCUUGCCACAGUUCAAAGUUCAGGAACAAGCAAUAGUUCAGAGGAAGCGGAAAGUGAAGGAGGGUAUAUUACAGCUAGUACUGAUACAGAAGAACAAAGUUUUCCAGUCCGUAAAGCACUUAACAGAUAUGUUGAGGAAUUAAAUUUAGAUGCCCUUCUUCAGAAGGCAGAUAACUUACGUAUGGAUGAGUCUAAAAAGAUGGAGAGUUUUGAACUACUUUGUGACCACAAAGAAAAGUUUAGAGAUGAAAUAGAGUUUAUUUGGCGGUUAGCUCGUGCUUAUGGAGACAUGUAUGAGCUAUCUACAAAUACAGAAGAAAAGAAACAUUAUGCUAAUAUCGGAAAGACUUUAGGUGAAAAAGCUGUUACUAGAGCCCCCAUGAAUGGACAUUGUCAUCUGUGGUAUGCGGUUUUGUGUGGCUAUGUAUCUGAGUUUGAGGGCUUACAAAACAAAGUCAACUAUGGAUAUUGCUUCAAGGAACAUCUAGAUAAAGCAAUCCAAUUAUUACCUGCAGAACCCUUUUUGUAUUACCUCAAUGGAAGAUACUGUUAUGCUGUCUCGAAACUGAGCUGGAUUGAGAAAAAGAUGGCUGCUACUCUGUUUGGAAAAAUACCAACCUCAACUAUACAAGAAGCUUUGCAAAAUUUCCUUAAGGCUGAAGAGCUACACCCUGGUUUUUCGAAGUCCAAUUACAUGUACCUUUCCAAGUGUUACAGGGAUCUUAAGGAAACAGAGAAUGCCAUGAAGUUCCAUGAUUUGGCAGAGCAGCUUCCUUGUAUUACCAAAGAGGAUAAAAAUGCAGAGGAAGAGAUGAAAAAGUAAGCAUUGCCUUGAAGAAGUAAAUAAAAAACUUACUCUUCAACAAAUUAGAUGUGGUCUACUAAAUAUUAAACUUAUCAAAGUUGUGUUUUUUAUUAUCCUCUUUUUAUGUAAGGGUAAUAUACUCAGAUUUGAAGGGAAAGUCAUGUUUCUGUAGAAUGCAUUCUCUAGUAGAACAACACCAAUCAUGUUAUUUGGAGAAGUCUGUUUCCUAUAAUAUCAGUACAAAAUGAUCUUUAAAAAAUGUAUGCUUUAUAUUUUUCCUAUCAACAAACUGUAGUCUUCAGAAUCUUUAUUUAAAUCUUUCUUUAAAUAAAAUACUUAAAUCAAUCCAAUAAAAUGG